AUGACCAUCAAACAUGAUCUACAUAAAUUUCUAUCCAGUUCUCUCAUGUGUGCACAUUAUUCGCUCACAAUAUAUUUUUUAACAAUUGUUCUUGCAAUCUUUAAGUCGAAUCGUUGUUGUAAGUGGAUGAGAAAACGAAAUUUAGGUAGUGUUCAAAUAUUGGAUUACUUUGAACAGAAAUUUAAGAGGAAUAAACAAGGAAAUUGUACAGAAUUUCCUGAAGUCAUCUUCAUUCAAAAGGAUUAUUAA